AUGUCUACUGAAUCUGCUUUGUCUUACGCUGCCUUGAUUUUGGCUGAUGCUGAAGUUGAAAUCACUUCUGAAAAGUUAAUCACUUUGACUGAAGCUGCUAACGUUCCAGUUGAAGGUAUCUGGGCUGACAUUUUUGCCAAGGCUUUGUUGAACCAAAACUUGAAGGAAUUGAUGGUCAGCUUCUCUGCUGGUGCUGCUGCUCCAGCUGGUGCUGCUGGUUCUUCUGCUACUGCCGGUGCCGCUGGUGAAGCUGCUGAAGAAAAGGAAGAAGAAGAAGCUAAGGAAGAAUCCGAUGAUGACAUGGGUUUCGGUUUGUUCGAUUAA